AUGCCCGAGUACGUUAAGAACACCCUAGGCGAGGCCGAAACAGGGUAUAUUAGAAAGGAAAGGCUCGAGUCUCGGCUUUUGGCUAUUUUCAAACAGCCCAUCAUGGUUCAGCAUAUCAGCGAGCGCUUUGUCUUCUAUGCCCCAAGGCUUGUUACUCAGGAUGAGAUCGACGAUCUACGUGAAGUUGAGAGGCUUGAGGCCGGCGACUACGAUGCAAUCCUUCCGCAUUUGCGGUAUCCUACUUUUCUCACUAGACCAGAACAGUCCAACAUAUACGUCUACGACAGCGGUUCUAGUAUCGAACACCAUGUUUUUACGAACAGUGAUAUGUUUGAAGGACACAUUUUGACCAGACCAAAACCAGAAACGAGAAUAGUAUCAAUAUGCUCGCAAAACUCGAUGAAACCAUUGGGCAUUACGUACACUGCAAUGCGAAAUCUGAUUAAUCAUUACAGUAUCGGGCCAGCAUUCUUUGACCUUCUGCUUGCUUUUGGUGACAAGCCACAAAGCUCCGGGGCUGGCCAUGGGGGAAUGACUGUGACCCACAGAGGGGAUGGUUCAUACGAUAUCCAAUAUCUAUUCACCUACGCAGAGGACCACAGAACAAAUGGGCGCGUCCUAUGGACUAUCCGACAAAUAUGUGUGUUUCACCGAUACGACGCAUCUGGCUCGGGGAACUUAUGGAUACUACUCCAUGCGAGACCCUGCUCCAAGGUUCAACAGCAUCUCGAGGCGGCUAUCCGUGAGCAACGAGAUGAACUGUUCUCCGAUUGGUUUGCAUUGCAUUCAGUGGUUCUGUCAUCCUAUCUUGGUAACUGGCGAUGGUGUAUUGGCAAGCUCGGAGAGGAAGUAGAGAAAUCCGUCGAUACAGCUCUCACCUUCGACCCAGCCGACACGGAAGACAAUAAAAGGAAUCUGAUCAGUUUGCUUAAACCACAAUAUCUUGGCGAUAAGCUAUUACCACUGUCGUCAAGGUUGGGCGUUGCAUUGGAUAUUGUACAGAAACUCAAGAACGUCAAUACGAAUAUUUACUCGAGAAGACUCACAUCCGACACUAGUUCCAAACAUGCCGCCGACGAACUAGAGUAUUAUACAACAGUAUUGCAAGGAUACCUGGGUAGCAUCUCGGUUUUGGAAAAGAAAGUCCAGGGAGUCUCAGACCUCCUGGCAGUAUCUCUCAAUGUGAAUUAUCAAGCCGUGGCGGUAGAAAUCAAUAACAAAAUGUUGAAACUGACAGACGCUGCAUUUGAUGACAAUGCCACUGUUAAGGUCGUGACGUUAGUCACUCUCAUCUACUUGCCUGCAAGUUUCGUCUCAACUCUUCUUGGGAUGAAUCUGUUUGAAUUUGACGGUGGCAAUGGAAGAGGAUUUACGAUAUCCGGCCAGUUCUGGAUCUUUGUCGUCAUCGCUGUGCCAUUAACGCUUCUUACCCUUGCUGCUUGGUAUCUUAUUAUUCGACGGCGAUCGAGGCUUAGGGCGAAGAGCAAGGAUCAUGAUAUGGAAAAGGCCCAAUAG